AUGCCAGCGAUUCGCCGUUCGCGCCGAUUGUCACAGAAGCCGCCUCACGACCCAGAGUUCGAGGAAUUUGAUGACUACGAUCUCCAGGAUCUGCAGCUGCUCUAUCCCGACCCGGCCGCGCGCGCCUCCCCCGCCCCCUCCUCCGACCCGCCCUCGUCCUCGUCCUCCUCCCCCGCCGACCUUCCCGUCGACCUCUACCCCUCUCCUCCUUCCUCUGCACACGGCGACGACCAUGUCUUUGUCCCUCGCUCUUCUCAUUCGCGCAAGAAACAGCCGGAUCACGUCCCUCGGCCUCCCAACGCUUUCAUGCUCUUCCGGUCCGAGCUUUGGGCGAAAGAGAAGAUCAAGAAGACUGUUGUCAACGACCACCGCGAGAUCAGUCGCAUUGCUGGCUCUCUCUGGCGCGACCUCCCUGAAGAGAAACGCGAUGUGUACAGGCGCCGUGCCGACCAGGUCAAAGACCGCCAUGCUGAAUUGUAUCCCGAUUACAAGUACUCGCCCGCCGGCAAGAAGGCCAAAGGAUCGAAGCGUAAAGCUUCCAAGGAUACGGAUGCUAGUCAUGCCCGUUGGCAGACUGUUGCUCGUCUUAUGAAGAGUGGCGUGGAAGGAAAUGAGUUGGAACGCCAGGUGAAGAAGUACGACGAAGACGGACACGUCGAUCUCCCCCCCAGUCCUAUCAGCCCCCCUCAUCCUCCUCUCCCCACGCCUCGUCCCGCCCUGUCUAAGGGCAAGAGCAGGGCCACGAGAAAGGCACGACUUCCCCAGCCCCCCCAGCCCGAUCUCGGGGCUCCGAGCAAGUCUGAGGGCAGUCCUGACCACCAGCUCAUCCAAGUCGUUAAAGAUGAAUUCGAAUCUCCCACUUUGGAGUUCACUGACUCUCUACCGGCAGCACAGUCCCCGCACUCUGUUCAUCAGGACUCUCCUUUCUGGUCAGGUGAUGGUCAGACCAAAGAGCACUUUGAUAUCGACAGCUCUCGGCUGUACGAACCCUUCCUUAACCACGAGCCCGCGUUCCCGAGUGGCUCCUCUCCGUUGUUCACUAGUUUGGACGAUCUCGUGCCCUUGCAACCGACCCCGAAUCUCGACACAUUGUUCGAUAUUUCCCUUACGACCACACCCGAUCUCUCGCCGUUCCGAUAUGGGAUGCAAGCCGAGUCCUGUAUGUCUUCUACUAAUAUGCUCGGGGGCUGGGCCACUUCCCUCUUCCUGGAGGAGCGAGAGAACAUAUCUUUCCUGCAAUCCACUGUCAUGGGUGACGAGCCUAAGAUGCUCGAAGAGAUGGAUUCUCUGCCGUGGUUGAACUUCGACGUCCCGGUCUGA